GCCGCGCGCUCUCUAUCUCUUCAGUCGAGCUGCGACCGUCACGUCGUACGGGUCUCAACUUGGCCGUUCGUCGUUUGCAUUCUCCGAAAGUCAAUAAAAAACAAUUCGCCGCUCGCUCCGCAAUAAAUCACCCUACAUUCACACACACACACACACGCCAGUUUAUUUUCACCACAAGGACUGAUAACGCGCCGCGUGCGUUUCAGUGCAGCGCGCGCCGAGUGUUUGACGAGUGUCGUCCUGCGGCAGCAGGAGCAGCGCGAAGUAUAUUGUUGACGGGGAGGGCGGCCGAUGUGCGUGCGUUGUACACCCAGUUGCAGACAGCGGUCAACUCUACGAGGUUGAUCUUGUCGCAAACGUGAACACCGUGGAGACCGCCUUCAGUUCCACCGCCGGCGCCGCCACGAAGAGAGGCCGGCAUCCGCUGGUUGGCAAUCUGUCCCCGCCGACCGCCGCCACGCCGCCGUCGCUGAAGAGGCCGCGUCACGACCACGCCGUCGAGUCGUCCGCCGCCGCAACCGCCGCCGGCAGUCCUGUGAUCGCAGCCGCCGCUGCGUCUCCGACCACCGAACUGGAUAUUAUGGAAGCGCCGCUUACGCUCAGCCAGAGCAUGGACUCAGUCAACACGGCCACCGGUGAAGAAGAGGUUCGGACUCUCUUUGUCAGUGGUUUGCCGAUGGACGCAAAACCCCGCGAACUGUACUUGUUAUUCAGAGCAUAUGAGGGUUACGAAGGUUCUCUCUUGAAAGUUACCAGCAAAAAUGGCAAAACUGCUUCGCCGGUGGGCUUUGUAACAUUCAACACACGGGCAGGAGCUGAAGCAGCGAAGCAGGAUUUGCAGCAGGGCGUACGGUUUGACCCCGACAUGCCACAGACCAUCCGGCUGGAGUUUGCUAAAAGUAACACCAAGGUUAGCAAGCCCAAACAGCAAGCCGCUAACGCCGCCAACACGCACCCAACUUUGAUGCACCCCCUCACCGGACAUCUGGGUGCACCCUUCUUCCCAGGAGGUCCAGAGUUGUGGCAUCAUCCGCUGGCGUACUCAGCCGCCGCCGCCGCGGAGCUGCCGGGUGCUCUCCAGCAUGCAACGCUGGUGCAUCCGGCGCUCCAUCCACAGGUUCCGGUUCGUUCCUAUCUUUGACUAUCUUCAGCAACAGACAAAACUUUGGACUCGCAGCUGCAGCAGGCCAACGCUCAAGUCCACCACCAUCAAUCGCUAUCCCUGCCGCAUCCGACCGCACUGACGUCGGUCCAUGCCGCGGCGGCCGCCUCUCUGCCUCACUUUUUGCCCAGUCCAGCGCUCGCCUCACCUGUAGGAUCGUCAUCAUCGCAGCCGAGCGGUAUUGGCACCGCUAUGACUAAUCCGCCCUGUUCGACGCUCUUCGUCGCCAAUCUGGGUCAGUUUGUCUCCGAACAUGAACUCAAGGAGAUCUUUAGCAGCUUCCCCGGCUUCUGCCGCCUCCGCAUGCACGCCAAGGGUGGGUCGCCUGUCACCUUCGUGGAGUACCAGGACGUUCUCUGCGCGGCACACGCGAUGACUUCGUUGCAGGGCUCGUUCCUUCUUUCGUCCGAUCGCGGCCCCAUCCGCGUCGAGUUCGCCAAGAGCAAAAUGGCGGCGGAGGGAACAAAAGGAGAGGAAAAUGGACAAUCUUAAUUCUUAUCUGCCCCUCAGUACCUGACAACGAACUACUAAAGUGGUGCCGAUCUACUGCUAAGACACCGGCGGUGGCAGAGAAAUGCCUUUCACCAGGGGUGAUCCAAUGCGGAACGGGGGAUGUUUUGAUCUGUUGUUUCACAGCGAGUCCGUGAUAUACUUCAAUUCACACACAAACAAAAAUACAAAACGCAUUGUUGUUGUAACCUGCAGGUAAUUUAUUCAUAUCAAUCGAAGGGCGUCGCAUCUAGCGCGCCUCGAUGCAAAACAAAAUAAGGUAACAAAAAUAAGCAAGGAAAUUUUUGCAUUUUGCAUAUAGCGUACGCGAAAACGUUUUAAGUAUAAAACAAGAGGAUAAUUUUACACAAUCUAUAUACACAUUACAUACUUAUAUACUAAAACAAAUAUUUAAUAAUUGCUUGCUGCGUGUACGGUGAGCCACAGUGUAUUAUAUAUUGAGCAUAUGGAAAAGAAAGAAAACACAUUUAAACUCAAAUUACCAAGAUUGAUAAAAGCUAAAACCAAAGGUGCCCUAUAUAAGUAUAUUGAUUAUUACCUAAUUAAUUAAUUGAUAAAAUUAUGGAAUGAAAUUUAAGCAAAUGAGAUGAGAAUCAGUUAAGUUUUAGAAAGUAUUCAUUAUCACAAGUAUUAUCUAUUUAAUCAGUUAAGUGUGUAGUCCUGCCGACGGCCGACGGCCGACGGCGAUCGUUUGUUAAUAAUUUUUAAAUGUAUUCAUUUAGUUUGAAAACUUGGAAAAUUCAAUUAUAUACCUCUACGAUUAAAAGAACACUAAAGCAAUAAGGAUUGAAGUAAAUACGAAGAUAACACCUAUAACGAUGCAAACCGAAACUUACACACAAAUCAUGAACAAGCAUUAAAUAAAACAAAAACAGAGUAAAACUAAAGUAAAACAAUAUUAAUUAUACGUCAUGUUUGGUAUGUAUUCAUCUGGAAAACGUUGUUUCCUUGUAGUAUCGCUAAAGUAAUCUAUUUAUAUAAAUGUGUAUGGCGCCGCGUUUGGCGAAUCGAAAUCGUAGAAAACUAAUCGCAUCCCAAAACGCAAGGAGCGCCGGGAUGGCAGAGCUAUACUAAAGAAAAUUAAUUAUUAUAAAAUAGAGUAAACUGAAACAUAUCAAUCAAUCUGUGUUACGCUAUACCAAAUAUGCCUGAAGUUUGGAGAUGCGGAAGGAAGCUUCUGUUUCACAUUUCAAAAAUCGAAAUAUGUUAUAUUGGCAUCGGCUCUCUCAAGUCUGUAUUGACGACGCGUGUUAUAUAAUGGCUGAUACGAAACAUAACGAAUAAUAUAACUCUGGUUAUGCGCUCGCCGAAACAAUUACCGCAAACCACCAACAUUAGCGUUGCAAGGAAAACAGUUUUAUCAAUUAGGUAUGCGGCGGAGCCCGAAUUCUAUUUAACAACAAAGUAUUUAUCUCUAUUAAAUUAUACACGAUUUACACGUACUAAAUAUUUAAAAUAGAAAAAUGUAUUUAGAUAGGCGUCGGACGAAAGGAAAACAAACUAUACCAAGUUAAUUCAAAACCAAAACUAACCAAGGUGAAGUCUUAUAAGAUGAUAAAAUAGAAAUUGAACAUAGCAUAUAUAUUUAAUAGUGGUACGCUAUUUGAUAAUUUAAUGAGGUAGGUGUAACAACCGAUUUUCAAUAGUAGAUUUAGAGUAAUUGGGAUUAAUAGUUUGCGUUUUUAUUGAGGCAACUUACGACGAAGGAUUGAUUCAAAGUAUAACGACAUUUGCCGUCCCGAUUAUUCAUUUUAGCUUUAAUGGCCCGAACCUUCAUUUCCGUCUGCUUUGCUUCAUUUGAUUUCAUUUAACGUGCAUCGUAAGAUGAACAGACAAUCUAAGAAAAUCUAGAAACCAUGCUUCAAUUUGAUCAACGGGUACAUUACUAAACGCGCUGAUACAAACAUAAAACUGAUUGUGAAUAGGAAGAAACAGGAUAGUGUCACAGAGUAUAAUUUUUAUAUGAUUAAUGCAGACCAAAGUUUUUUUUAUUUAAUUUUUAUCAGUUUUGUUUGAUCUAAUCUAUACAAUAAUUGUAGAGUGAUAACAACUUAACUGGUUUGAUGCACUGAUAUGUCAGUAUCUUUCGAUUGCGAUUAUUGUAGUUUUGUGGUACGAGUACAUCACAUUUGUUUCGUUUUUAUUAUUUGUGUAUUUAUAACCUAAUAUACUAAUUUUUUGUCAUAUAGUAAUUGUUUGAAGCUACUUUAGGAAAUUAAAGUGGAGCGAAUUUAGGUAAUUUUGAAUGGUAAGAUCUAGCGCUUUUUGUGUGAAGUUCUUGUGAUAUGAUUUGUUUACUGACUUUAAUGUAAUACAAGUAGUUGUUUGAUGAGAAAAUUGAUGAAAUCACGAAAACACAAAAAAGUACUGUAGUGGUCUGAUGAAAUGACAAAGUAGAUAUGUAGUAGAAAUGUGAUGCGCGGAUAAAAAAAACUAUACAGGCGUCGAUGUGAAUAAUGUUCAUCUGCGCAUUUAUAGAUCGAAAAUGAGGAAAAAAACAUAAUGAAGUAAUCUAAUGUAUAAAUAUCUAUGGUAUGUUUUACUUGUAAGAUUAAAUGAAGAGUCGUAGUUAUAUUAGACAUUUAGGCAGUUUAUCCGCGGUGUCUCGAGCCGCGUUUGUUUCCGUCCAUGGUGCGCCUCGCGGGGCGCACUCGAUUGCUAACGAGCUCAACACAAAACGAGCGCAUCGUCUUUAAACGAAAUUAUUACACUUAGCAAAACAAGAGAGUGAACUUAGCGCGAACACAUUUGAAACUACAAAAUUGUAAAAAAAAACCUACGACAAGUCAAACAUAAAACACAUUAUUGUGUUGCAAUGCUUGGAAGCGUUUUUUAAAUUAUGUGAAUUUUAAGCAUAUUAACUUAAAAAUUCAAAAUUGCCAUCGAGUGGGACCGAUGAAAAGCUAAAAUUAUCUUCAUAUGUUGGUUCCUGUGAACGUGCAUUCUAAAAUUUUUGUCCUGUGAAAAUCAAGGUUCGCUAAUAACAUCCAGUGUGAUUUUUUCUGUAUCUCUUUCUUUAUACAUCGCAUGCAUAUCAUGAUUACAAUUACCAAAAAAGUGCAUUCACUACAACAAUCCGACCUUACUAAAAAAAAAACAACCUGGACAAGUCUGUCGCGUUCGGUUUAUAUAGGUAGUGGCUUUUGUGCGUUACUAUCGAAGGUUAAAUUUGAUCGCUUUCAACGCCAGUCGAAUUUUAUUGAGAGAAUAUGUUGAUAUUGUCGGCUGAAUCGCCUUCGCGCGUUCAAAGAAAGAUCCACUAGUGUUCGAAAGAUGAGAAAAGGUGAAAUUCCUUAUAAUUCGGCGACAAAUUAAACUUGCAUACUACGACACAGAAAACUGCAAUUUCCAAAACGUCGACUAACUAAUAUUAGAUAUAUAAGUCAAACACCACUUCUAAACAUAUCAUGAUCUGUGCCCCAUUUGUCAAAUGACGAUUUUAAAUUACUAACAAGUAAAGUAACGAUUAAAAUUUAAAUGAAUAUUAUAAUUAAUUGAUAUCAUAAAGUACAUAAGAUACAUAAUUGCAAAUUUACUACAACUUUCAAAUAUGAUAGAAAAGUUGCAUGACAUGAAGAUGGAAAUAAAAAUUGCCUGUUUAUAGAUAGAAAACCAAGGAAUAACAAUACUAACUAGUAAUCAAUACAAACUUCUACAACAACAAAACCAACCUUAUGAAUUUAUGUUUAUACGAUUAAUUAAAUGAAAAAAUGAGAAAAUUGCAAAAAAAUUAAAUAAUACAUAGUUCUAUAUGAAUAAAAUAUAUAUAUAUAUAUAUAUAUAUACUGGAUAAUUAACUGUAACAAAUGUAAAUUUAGGAUACAUACUUUUAACAUAAUUAUACAAUAUCUAUAUACUGCGUGCAUACCAUUUGAUGAUUAACAAUGAAUCCGAAGAAACCUACCGAACCACCAUCUCUAAAACUAACCUGAAAAUACGAUAAUGCAUAUGAUCACUUGAUUUAUAAAACGUUGUGAAUGAUAACCGCUGGAAGUUAAUGUGAAUAGCUUCACAGCGAGGGGAGACUCUCGUUUGACCGGAAGGUUCAGUGGCUUUCUGCGCGACGCGAAAAAUCAUCGCCUUAGUUAAAUGUAUCUUAUGAGAUCGGGAAAUGUAUAUUCACAAUAUUCAUAUUGUUGUUUAUUUCUGUCGUGACUUUAAUAUAAUAUUUGAAUUUUGCUCGCCCAAUCGGCGUGCAGUACAGGUAGUUUGAUGAUUAAUUUGUUGAUAUUAAUGCUUCUAGUCUAGUGCUAGCUUGAUUUGAGACAAUGUACAUGACGGACAUGACUUCAUUUAUAAUUUACCGUUUUCUUGCCUCGACGAUGAAUCGACGUUUUAAAGUUCUUUGUACUUUUCCGAUUGAUAACAAAAUGAAUAUUGAUAUUUGAUUGUAAUAAGCAUUCCAUACAAAUAUUAUAUUACCUGACAACGUACUUAGAUAUAUUAAAAAAAAAACAUUGUAUAGGGUCCAAAUGAUGGGAAUAAAUAUGUAUAAUAUU